AUGGCGUGUUUUCCGUCAGCAAGAAAUGUAUCCGCACUGUGCUGCAUUCGACCCAGGUUAGAAUCAGUAUACUCUCAGCCCACGAGAAUAGAUGACCAGUGUAUAACAUUACACGUGCUGGACACGGCCGGCGACUUUGAUUUUGAGAGUCAGACAAGGGUUGAGCAGAUACGGAAUUCAGAUGCCUUCGUGUUGGUUUUCUCGGUCACAGACCGAGCCAGCUUCAUCUUCCUUCAUAAAAUUAAACGAUUUAUAUUCAAAUCCCGACGUGACCUUGACAAAGUCCCCACAUUGAUUCUUGGAAACAAGGCCGACCUUUGCCACCUUCGCAAGAUCACGAAGCAAGAGGGCGCCCAACUGGCGAAGGAUUACGGAUGCACGUACUGCGAGAUGAGCGCGAGCGAGGGAUACGUUCCCGUUGUCGACGCAUUCCAUGACCUGUACCGGGAGUUCUACCGGGCGGAGAAGAGAGCGAAGGUGCGCAAGAUCACGUCCCGUUUGCAGUUGCGACAAACCAUCAAGAAUUUUACCGAUAGACAUCUUUAUCGAUCAAGAACAAACACGUUAUAAUGUACGAUCGUGCAUUUAGCUGCUUCAGAAGUAACGACUGGAUCGUUUAAUGAGGUCGGCUUUUCCGACAGGUCACCAUAGUAACAGCCAGACACCUGUGCUUUUCAGCCAAUCAUCAAAGCAGGAAAGUUGUCCGAUCCGACAAAUUUUAAGACAAGUAUUGAUCAGGUACUCCCUAUAAGUAACGACGGGAUCGAUCGUCUCAUAAACUAUGUUGAUCCGACCCUGGAUCCGACAGGUCACCUUUGUAACAGUCAUGCGCACACCUGUAUUUUUCAGCCAAUCAGUAGCGAAAGGAUGUGGUCAGAUCUGACAACUCUUAAGACGACAAUUAUGUUGAAGAAAUGCUACAAGUACUGAGGGGACCGUUUCAUGAACUCUGUUUUCCCCCCAACAGUUCAAAGUAAUAGUCAGCCGUGCUUUUCAGUCUAGCAGACACCAAGUGAAGUUGUCAGAUCUGACAACAUUUAUGAGAAGGCUGAAGAAACGCUCCACCCUGCGGUGAAUAUGCACGUUGAUUUAAAUAUUUAAUCGAACCUUUCACUUAUUUUUGUUAAGAGACAACAGGGAUGCAAAACGAAUUCAAGGACAUGAAAAAUGUAAUGUCAAAUACCCUUCUUGACAAAAAGCAACCAAAAAAUCUUUGUAAAAAAUAAAAAAAAUCGGUGAACCAAAAAACAACAGUUUCGUCCUGGACUCUGGACAAACGACAUAUUAUUUGAAAUUUUUUGUCAGCUCUGAAACAGGACGAAACUGCUGUUCCGGUCCACCAAUUUUCGACAAUGACCUCCUAGCUGUUCAUUGUCAUUUGACUUGCAAUUUCUAAACAUAAUUGCGUUCUUGAAUCAGUUCCGCGUUGCGGAUCGACAACUCCCCAGUCUGGUUCUCUUUUAGUGGUAGAUUAGAUAAAUAAAUAUGAGAAAGGCUCGUCAACAUAUUUCGGAAAGUUAUUGAAAUUGAAUUGAUGUUAAGCUUUCAAUCGAUUUUAGCGUAAUCUGAAGAGUAACUCAAUUAUCAUUGCCUCUCGUAUUCAUCUUUUUAAUUAAAACAUCUCUUAUUUUAAUAGGUUGAUACAGGUUACAAUGGUUAGUAAAAAGGUGAUAGAAGAUUGUGCGGCCCUGUCUGGCCUAACCUUGGCAAAAUAAUAAUAAUAAUAACGGUAUAUUUACCCAGGGUAGCCACUUCAGUUCCUAAAACUGUUCUCCCAGUGGGCCCUGCUAUUAUUAUUACCCAGCUAAGCUAGGCUAUCGAUUCAGGUGCACACAGCUUUUUGAGGGAUUAUUUCCUGCCGGUACCCAUUUACCUCACCUGGGUUGAGUGCAGCACAGUGUGGAUCAAUUUCCUGCUGAAAUGACAUUUAUCUAUGAAAGUGGGUGAUAAACAUAGUGAAAUUGUGCAUUGGGUAGCUUUCGUAUUCACUGUCCCGCCAUACUAAAGCACAACUUUAAUUGUAUUUUCUAUCUGGGCAAUUUCAUAAAAUGAUCAACCUUUUUAUACGUCCGACCCCCUAUUUUUCUCAAUUAUUAUAUACUUCACUUCACAAACUGACCAAGUCAUGGUCCUAUGAGAACAUUACAAACUGUCAAAAGAACAGAAAAUCAGAGACAGAAAAUUUCAUGAAGGUCCCACAUAUUAUAGGGGGUCGGAUGUACAUAUUUUAUGGAAUUGCCCUUCUGUGAAUGUAUAUUUGUUGUAUAUAAAUUAAUUUCUCAUAAUUUGAUAUAUUUUUUCGAUGACCAGUUUAACUGGCAUCAUGAAAGUGUCGGGUAUUUUAUCCGAAAAAAAAAACUGAUGAAUAUGUCAAACCAAUUUUUUAAGUCAUCGGAGUGGGUAAUAACUUUCAUGGUUCUUUAGGGAAAUUUCGACAAACUUUCCGUUGUUUAUUUUUAAUAUGCUUAGCCAAGACAAUGUAAUGUGGACUAGCUCCCCCUUUUGAAAAUAUACUCAUGUAUUGAGAAAUAUACGCCAUCAAUCGUAAUAUGAGCUCAAUAUGUAUUAACAAAAAAAGAUGUGGCAUCAUUAAAAAAGUCGAUGUUGGUGUGACCCCCUCCCCAAACGAUCU